AUGAACUCUCUAUUGCAGCUGCGGCUCUGCGCAGCUAGCAGGAUAUUUGCUGCGGCUAGUCCUCUGGGGGCCCCUGCAGCAGCAGCAGCAGCAGCAGCAGCAGCAGAAAAGGCAGCAGCAGCAGCAGCAAAAGCAACUGUAGUAGCAGGGCAACGCGCUGAGCACUUGAGAGCAGCAUCAGCAGCAAGAACGCAGCCGGCUUUGCCUACAAGGGCAGCAGCAACAGCAGCAGCAGCAACAGCAGCAGCAGCAACAGCAGCAGCAGCAACAGCAGCAGCAGCAGCAGCAGCAGCAGCUACGUCCCGGUUUUCUGCAUAUGAGGUUUCCUACUGCCAACGACGCGGCCUCCACUUCUCCAACGAGAAGGAGUUCAGGGCCUUCCUCAAGGGGUCUAGGUACGUUGCUGCCCCUGCUGCUGCUGCUGCUGCUGCUGCUGCUGCUGCUGUGCGCAGCAGCAAGGGGGACGCGCAGCAGCAGCUCGCGCUGCAGCUCGGCUUCUACCUCAGCAGCAGCAGCCGCAGCGGCGUCGGCGAGCGGCUGCUGCUGCAGUACACUGCAGAUGCUGCUGCAGCAAAGCAGCAGCUGCAGCAGCUGCUGCAGCAGCAAAUGCCCUAUGCAGAAAUCACGGCGGAAUGCACCGAAGGCAGCAACUUCAUCCGCGUCUGCUGCUGCAAGGAGCAGCAGGACCUUUUGGCUCUCGCGCUGCCCGCUGACCCAAAGAAAUUCGAGCCCCAGAAGGCGGUCAAUGCUGUCUUCGCUCGCUUGGGGUUUCUUUAA